GGCGGCACGCGGCUGGACGGUUUGGACCCAGAGGAGCGGCUGCGACAGAUGGACCGCGACGCGCUCAACCACCGCGUUCUCCGGGCUGAGCGCCUCGCUCGCCUCGACCAGCUCGCCCUCGAGGGCGCCGACGAGGGCGGCCCCCGCCUGCUCGGCGGCCCGAGCACCGACGUCGCCCGCCUCGACGACCGCGCUGCGGCGGCGCCGGCGGCGGUCGCGAGGCUUCCAGACGGGCCUGCGGCGACGGCGGGGGGGCAAGCGCUUCCCGAGGCGCCGGCGGCGACGCUGCACUUUGCGCAGUCGUGCUAUGUCUGCAAGGCGCCGUACCGAGAGCUGCACGCCUUCUACGCCUCGCUCUGCCCGCCGUGCGCCGAGCUCAACUGGCGGAAGCGCGAGGAGCGGUGCGACCUGCGCGGCCGCGUCGCGCUGGUGACGGGCGGGCGGAUGAAGAUCGGCUUCCGGAUCGUCCUCAAGCUGCUGCGGUGCGGCGCGACGGUCCCGAGGCGUGACCCCUCACGCGUGGCGGUGAGUCAGGCGCGCCGCUUCUCCGGCGAAGCAGACGCCGCCGACUGGGCGGAGCGGCUGCACGUCGUCGGCGCCGACUUCCGCGACCUCACGGGGCUCGAGGCGCUGUGCGACGCGCUGCCUUCCCUCGUGCCGCGGCUAGACGUCAUAGUCAACAACGCUUGCCAGACGGUCCGCCGCCCGCCGCAGUACUACCUCCCGCUCGUCGCAGCCGAGGCGCCGAGGACACCUCCCGGGCCCUUCCCGCGCCCUUCCCGGGCCCUUCCCUUCAGCUGGCCCGGACCCCUCCUGCAGGUGCCCCGCGACUUGGGUGGCGCGGCGGGCGCCGGCGCGAGCGCGGUGAUGGCGAUGCUUCCCGUCGCUCCCGGAGAUGCGACGCGUGACGACGCAGCCUUCCCUCGCGGCGCCACCGACGGGAACUGCGACUUGGGCCAGCAGCUCGACCUGCGCGGGCGGAACUCCACUGCGGAGAUGGCAGAGGUGUUCGCCAGGAGCUCUCGCCUUGCCGAGCGCGUGCUCGCCAUCAACUCGCUCGCGCCGUCGAUCAUCAACGGGCGGCUCAAGGCCUUCAUGCAGGCGACGGCGGACGGCGGCGUGCUCAAGUUCAUCGUCAACGUCAGCGCGAUGGAGGGCCGUUUCUACAAGGCGCGUUCUCGAGCAUCGCCCCUCCGCGCGCCUGCCUCCUUCCUCUUGACCCCUCCCCGCUCCCCAUCUCCGCAGUACAAGCAGCCAACGCACCCGCACACCAACAUGGCCAAGGCGGCGCUCAACAUGAUGACCCGCACCAGCGCGGCCGACUACGCCAAGUGCGGCAUCUACAUGACCGCCGUGGACACGGGGUGGAUCAACGACGAGAAGCCGGCGGAGCGCGCCGCCGCCGACCACUCGGUGCACAACUUCCAGACGCCGAUCGACGAGAUCGACGCGGCGGCGCGGGUGCUCGACCCGAUCAUCGCGCCUCUGCGGCGGCAGCAGGCGGGCGAGGAGCCGAAGCCGCCGUUCGGCGUUUUCCUGAAGGAUUAUGAGCGAUGCGAGUGGUAG